AUGGUCAAAUGUCAAUUGAAUGUGUUAGAAGAGGAAAAAUACAUGUUAAAUUAUUACAAUCCAGGAGACUUUCUGAUUAGUGGAAUGAUAUCUACAUCUAGUACUGUAGUUCAGCCAUAUAGUUUCAUCAUGCCUCCCACCAAUAGUUUUGUAAGUGAGCAUCGGACCUGGUGGCACGUCCUGCCCUUCUUCUUUGCCAUUCGUGAGAUCAAUCGGAAUCCAAGGCUGUUACCGAAUAUCACUCUGGGCUACAACAUCUAUGAUAACUUUUUCAAUGGAAGAAUGACAUAUGAGUCCAUGCUGGAUUUUCUUUCUACAGGGAAUGAGACUAUCCCAAAUUACAGAUGUGGAAGGCAAAAACAUAUUUUGGCUGUGCUUGAAGGGACUGAUUCUAUGCUCUUUAAUCAUGUUUCAACUAUGCUGGGCAUUUACAAAAUCCCACAGAUCAACUAUGGAGUCAUCAGCCACAUUCCUGAGCAGAAACAUCAUUUCCCUUUUUUCUACCGGUUGAGUCCAAAACAAGAACCUCCACACUUGGCAAUUGUCAAGUUGCUCCUGUGUUUCCGAUGGACGUGGAUUGGCCUCUUUGUCCCAGACAAUGAAAACGGGGAAAAGUUCAGAAAUUCCUUUGUGACUGCAGUCAUAAAGAAAGGGGUUUGUGUUGCUUUCUCAGAAAACAUCCCACAGAAUGAUGAAGAGGAACAAAUGAGGAAACUUCUUCAUUUUAUCCCUAAGGAAGUAAAAGUUAUUGUAUGUCAUUUGGAUUUAAAAUCUGCGAUAAUCCUAACCUCAGCAAUAUCAAAAUUUGAGCAGAAUCAAAAAGGGUUUGGGAGGAAAGUGUGGAUUGCCACCGUUUUGAGUGACAGAAGCCUUUACAAUCUUUCUGUGGAUGGUGUUUAUUUGGAUGAAAAUGGAAUUCCUAUUGCUGAAUUUGAUAUUAUGAACUGGGCAGUAUUUCCUAACAAGUCCUCUGCUGGAGUGAAGAUUGGAAAUACAGAAAGAGAUGCAUCUUUGGAAGUCAAGCUCUCCAUUGAUCACAAUGCCAUCAUAUGGCCAACGACAUUUAACCAGGUGCCAAUUUCUAGGUGUACUCCAAGUUGUCUCCCAGGGUACAAUAAACUGCUGAGAGAGGGAGCACCAGUUUGCUGUUAUGACUGUUCUCCCUGUUUGGAAGGAACAAUCUCCACAAAGGAAGAUGUGGUUCAUUGUGAAAAGUGUCCAGAUAAUCAGCAUUCCAAUAACAAGCGAGAUAAAUGUGUCCCCAAAGUUACAACUUUCCUGUCCUAUAAAGAAAUAUUGGGUCUCAUGCUGGCUCUCCUUGCCAUUGCUUUAUCUGUGACUACAGCCUUUGUUCUGGGAAUCUUCAUUCAAUACCGAGAAACACCCAUAGUCAAAGCCAAUAAUCGGGACCUCACCUACAUUCUUUUGAUUGCCCUCAUGCUUUCCUUCUUGACCACCCUUCUAUUCAUUGGCCGCCCCAAGAAAGUGACCUGCCUUCUUCAACAAAUCUCCUUCAGUAUAGUUUUCUCAAUUGCCAUAUCUUGCUUGCUAGCUAAGACCAUUGUGGUGGUUGUGGCUUUUCUAGCCACAAAGCCAGGCAGUAGAAUGAAGAAAUGGCUGGGGAAAACUCUGGCCAACUCCAUUGUCUUGUUUUGCUCUGGGGUUCAGGUAGGCAUCUGCUUUAUAUGGCUGGGAAACUCUCCCCCAUUUCCAGAUUCUGAUCUACAUUCCCAACCAGGACAGAUCCUGCUGCAAUGCAAUGUAGGUUCAGUCACCAUGUUCUAUUCUGCCCUUGGCUAUUUGGGCUUUCUGGCUGCCAUUUGCUUUAUUGCAGCUUUCCUUGCCCGAAAGGUGCCAGGGACCUUCAAUGAAGCCAAGCUGAUCACCUUCAGCAUGUUGAUUUUCUGCAGUGUUUGGGUCUCCUUUGUCCCCACUUACUUGAGCACCAAAGGGAAAUACAUGGUAGCUGUGCAGAUCUUUUCCAUUCUAGCCUCUAGUAUGGGCUUACUGGGCUGCAUCUUUGUCCCAAAAUGCUAUAUCAUUAUUCUUAGCCCUGAUCUAAACAUGAAGGCACAUCUGGUGAUGAAAACCUAG